CCUCGGAGGCCCCGUGGGAGGGGCCGCCCAGCUCCCCACGCCCCGCACCUCGGGCUGCCGCUUCCGCUCGCCCUGGCGCGGCUCAGGGAGCCUGGACGUGCUGCCCGGGCUCUACGCAGCUGCAGCCGGCGGCCCUGGCGCUCCCCUCGCCCCACACCCUCUGCAGAUGAGGCCAUGCGGCGCCGACUGGACCCGGGCCAGGUCACCCCUCCCUGCCCCACCCGCAUCCGGGGCUCCCAAUCCACAGGGUCUCGUAGAACCAUGGACUGAGUCCAGCCGGUCCCCACUGCACAGAUGGGGAAACUGAGGCCUGGGAACACAGAGUGGCUGGCUUCUGGCCACACAGGAAGACCCCGGCCCUUCCAGAACCUUCUGCUCCUGCUGUGGACCCUCCUGCACUGUGGUUUGGGGGGCAGUGCUCAGGGUCCGGGCGAGUGGACUCCGUGGGGGUCGUGGAGCCGCUGCUCCAGCUCUUGCGGGCGGGGCGUCUCCGUGCGCAGCCGGCGCUGCAUCCGCUUUCCCGGGGAAGAGCCAUGCUGGGGCGACAGCCAUGAGUACCGCCUGUGCCAGCUGCCGGACUGCCCCCCAGGGGCCGUGCCCUUCCGAGACCUACAGUGUGCCCUCUACAAUGGCCGUCCUGUCCUGGGUGCCCAGAAGACCUACCGAUGGGUGCCCUUCUACGGGGCGCCCAACCAGUGCGACCUCAACUGCCUGGCCGAGGGACAUGCCUUCUACCACAGCUUCGGCCGCGUCCUGGACGGCACCACCUGCAGCCCAGGUGCCCAGGAGCUCUGCGUGGCCGGCCGCUGCCUUAGCGCUGGCUGUGAUGGCUUGCUGGGCUCGGACGCCCGCGAGGACCGCUGCGGCCGCUGUGGUGGGGCCAACGACUCCUGCCUGCUCGUGCAGCGCGUGUUCCGUGACGCUGGUGCUUUCGCUGGGUACUGGAACGUGACCCUGAUCCCUGCUGGCGCCAGACACAUCCGCGUGGCCCACCGGAGCCGCAACUACCUGGCGCUGAUGGCGAGCGACGGGCGCUACGUCUUCAACGGGGACUGGGUGCUCAACCGGCCUGGGACCUACGAGGCAGUGGGCACCCAUAUGGUCUACACCCGCGAUGCAAGCCCGGAGGAGACAUUGCUUGCGGCUGGGCCCACCUCCCACGACCUGCUCCUGCAGGUCCUCCUGCAGGAGCCCAACCCCGGCAUUGAAUUUGAGUUCUGGCUCCCCCGGGAGCACUACGGCCCCUUCCAGGCCCAGGUGCAGGCCCUGGGCUGGUCCCUGCGGCAGCCACAGCCCCGGGAGGUGGUGCCCCCCCAAGCCCCCUCGGCCAUCCCUGCGCGGACCCCGACCCUGGCCCCAGACCCCUGCCCACCGUGCCCCGACACCCGCGGCCGUGCCCACCGGCUCCUGCACUAUUGCGGAAGUGACUUCGUGUUCCAGGCCCGCGUGCUGGGCCGCCACCGCCAGGACCAGGAGACCCGCUACGAGGUGCGUGUACAGCUCGUCUACAAGAACCGCUCUCCACUGCGGGCCCGAGAGUACGUGUGGGCACCAGGCCACUGCCCCUGCCCACUGCUGAGCCCCCACCGAGAGUACCUGCUGGCUGUCCGGCGCCUCGUCAGCCCCGAUGGCACACAGGACCGGCUGCUACUGCCCCAUGCUGGCUACGCUCGGCCCUGGAGCCCUGCCGAGGACAGCCGGGCACGCCUGGCUGCCCGGCGCUGUCCUCUUUGAGCUCCUGAAGGAGCCCCCACGAUAUGCAGCAAGAAAGACACACAUGACCACGCUCAACUGAAGUCAGUGUAUUUCUCCUCUCACCCUGGCUUCCAGGAAGCUCAGAAAUAUCUCUCUUCUACAGCUACAUUACUCCCCAUCACACACUUGGACAUGUCUGCAUACAGCCAUAUCCACGGUCAUGAGCGGGCAGGCACUGAUGAGGAUGCACUGAAGAGACUAACUUUUAUUUCCCCUCUCGCUUUGGCUGCUAGGAAGCUCAUAGCUAGUUUAUACUCUACUUUCAUUCUCCUUGCCUCACACUCACUUGCUUAGAGACACUGUCAUGAACAAGCAUGACACCCCCUUGGCCUGGGUACCAGGAAGCUCAUCAUAGUUUAACUCCUGACACUCUGUGCUCUCUCCCCUCUCUGCCACCCCCCACUACACCCUCCUGUAUUCAGAGACACUGUCACAAACAGGCAUAUCCCUUAGAAGACAUGCCUAACCAGGCACUGUCAUGUAUCAAUUUCCCCUUUUGCCUGGCUACCAGGAACCUCAGAGAAAAUCUUGACAGCCCCAGCAUUUCUGGCUGGGUUUCUUGCAGUCAACACUGUUGUUCUUCACCCCCUUUUAUUGCUAUUUAAUUAAAUUUUAUGAGCACGUUUUU